UGGCGAAGAGGACGCCAAAAAGUUGGGCCUCGUUCUUUCCUCUCAGAUCCUAUUAUUAUAUUGUUCUUGUUGGGGGGCGACUGGCUAGCAAAGCAGUAAUUAAGCAGAGCAAGGAUAGAGAGAGAGAGAGAGAGACGAGAGGAGGGACGCAAAAAGAUGGGGAAUUGUGGGAAGAAUGGAUCCGUGAGACAGUACAUUAGAUCGAAGGUCCCUCGCCUGAAAUGGACGCCGGAGCUCCACCACUCCUUCCUCCAUGCCGUCAGGAGUCUCGGAGGCCAUGACAAGGCAACACCGAAGCUUGUGCUCCAGUUGAUGGAUGUCAAAGGACUCACUAUUUCCCAUGUCAAGAGCCACCUUCAGAUGUAUAGAAGCAUGAGGAAUGACAUAGGGAAAAGAGAUUUGCAUGAGAAGAAGCACUCAAAUAAAGGAGGCAUUAAUGAUGAAGGUUCUGAUGAGGCAGAUGGGAGUGGCUCUUUCUACCCUUCAAUCACCACAAAAGAGUUCAAGUCCCAGUCCUUGUACUCUCCUCCCUCUCUUCUCCCUCUGAAAAGGAGCAGACCCAAAAGUGGUGAAUGCAGAGCGCAAAUCUGUGAGUGUGAGGUGGCAGCUGCAGAAGCAGUCACCUCCCAGUACCACUGCGUUGGUGUUGAUAAUUGCAAGCAAGGGGGAAAAGGAAUAAAGGGGGAUGGAAUUGCAGGGCUAAGCUGGCAAAGAGAUUGUGAUGAUCAGAGUCAGAGAAAGGACUUGGCCAUGGCAGAAGCUCAUGCCUAUCAUCCUUCCAACCUCAAAGCUCUUGGGGUUGUGCUUCAAGAAUCUGAACCUUUUAAGACCACCUUCCUGCAUCACGACUAUAAUAUUGCACCUGCGAAAAGGUCAAUGUCCAAGGAGUAUGAUCAUGAAUUGGACAUGAAGGACGGCUCUUUGUCUCUCUCAUUGUCUCUGCAUCCAUCUCAGUCUCAGAAGAAGGAUUCAUUAAUCUCCAGGGAAGGAAGUCGUGGAGUGAUCUCUAGUUCUUCAGGGAGUGGCCAUUCCUGUUGCAGGUGCAGCCACAGAAUAAAUUUGGAGCUCUCUAUGUCCAUCUUUGGAUCUUAAACUAUAUGAUAUGCACGCAUGUAAUUUCUAUGUCGUCACUUGUUUUUUUUUAUAUAUAUAUGUGAAUCAUUUCUUCUUAAUAUUUGGCCACAGUUUUGUGUUUAAUGUGCCACAACUCAUCAAUGCAGUAGAUUUAG